CGCGAUGGAACUUGCUGCACGGAUGGCGACUGCUUAAAAUAAUACGGUACCGCUAAAGGAGGCACCGGAGGCUUCGCGCUCUACGCCGUCCGUGUCUGAGCAUUCCAUCGACCACUUCCAUUUGCUCGCCGCCACAGACUGUUUUUCACGUCGCGACAAGACAUAAUUUUGGGCUUUUUGUUGUUUUAUCACAGCCCACCAACAACCACGCAUCACCACACUCGCUUCUGUCUCGUCUUUCGUUCAAAGGGGUCGACUGAUAAUCCGACUCAGCGUCUGCUAGGAACAGGAGAGCAAAGCAGCACAAGGCCAAAAUGGCUGUUCCUGCUCACGCUCAGGCUUCGUUGCCUGCGCUUCCUGCUCAUCUUCAGGAUGAUACCCACUUGACAGCACACCUGGCCAGCAGAUUCCACGUCUCGCUGCCCACGGCCCAGUUGUCAUCACACGCCAUCAUCGCCCUCAACACAUACACAUCUUCAGCAAAGGGUCCAGAUGGCUCAAAAGAAGGCAGCGCUAUGGGCGCGGCCGAAGAUCUGGCUUCAAGGGCGUGGACUCGUCUAGGAGCCAGACAGGAGAAUCAGGCUGUCGUCUUUCUCGGUGAAACCGGUUCAGGCAAAACAACCCUACGUUCCCAUGUUCUGUCUGCCUUGCUCAACUACACAUCGACUCCCUUGUCCAACAAGCUGUCCUACGCCGCCUUUGUUUUCGACACUUUGACCACUACCAAAUCCGUCACCACCCCUACCGCCUCCAAAGCCGGUCUCUUCUUCGAACUCCAGUACGACACAUCUUCAAGUCUGCAUCCGACACUGGUUGGUGGAAAGCUGCUCGACCACCGUCUCGAACGCAGCAGAGUCGCCACUAUUCCUCCUGGCGAGCGCAACUUCCACGUCCUUUAUUACCUACUCGCCGGUACCAGCCCCGCAGAGAAGGAGCAUCUCGGUCUUGACCAGGCCGGCCCUGCAACCAACAGACAUUCGUUAGGCACGGGCGGUGCGAAAAGGUGGAGAUACUUAGGACACCCCAGUCAGCUCAAGGUUGGCAUCAACGAUGCAGAGGGUUUCCAACACUUCAAGACGGCAUUGCGCAAGCUUGAGUUCCCUCGUGAUGAAAUUGCUCACAUGUGCGAGAUGCUCGCUUGUAUCUUGCACAUCGGUCAGCUUGAAUUUGUCACAACCCAAUCGACCACUCCUUCGGCCGAUGACAGCGGCGGUUACUCGCACGAGGGAGGUGAGGACGUAACCUCCGUCAAAAACAGAGAAACUCUGCACAUCGUUGCGGCUUUCCUUGGUGUCUCCGAGAGACACUUGGAGGAGAGUCUAGGAUACCGCACAAAGAAGCUGCACCGUGAGCGUGUCACUGUCAUGCUGGACCCUAAGGGAGCUAGAGACAAUGCUGAUGAGCUCGCACGCACUCUAUACUCGCUCUUUGUCGCAUACAUCAUGGAGCGCAUUAACCAGAAGAUCUGCUCGUCAGAGGAAGCCAUCGCCAACACUAUUUCUAUUGUUGAUUUCCCGGGUUUCGCUCAAUCUUCUUCGACAGGCUCCAUUCUGGAUCAGCUGUUGAACAACGCAGCAUCUGAGUCUUUGUACAACUUCUGUCUCCAAAGCUUCUUCGAGCGCAAGGCCGAUCUUCUCGAGACCGAAGAAGUCAGUGUACCCGCAACCAGCUACUUCGACAACACCGAUGCCGUCAAGGGUCUCCUCAAGUCUGGCAAUGGUCUCCUUAGCAUUUUGGACGAUCAAAUGCGCCGCGGCAAGACCGACCAGCAAUUCCUCGAGAGCAUCAGGAAGCGUUUCGAGGGAAAGAACCCUGCUAUCGAGGUUGGUGCUGCCACUCAGACCCUUCCUGGCAACAACUUCGCUACUCGCAACGCCAAUGCUGCCUUUACCGUCAAACAUUACGCUGGUGAAGUUGACUACCCCGUUGAGAACCUCAUCGAAGCCAAUGGUGAGAUCAUCUCUGGCGAUCUGAUGAACCUCAUCAGCUCUACUUCAAACUCGUUUGUUAGCGACCUGUUCGGUCAGGAGGCUUUGAGCAAGGUUGUUCAUCCUAAGGAUCGUUCUGCAGUCAUGCAGGCAUCGGUUGCCUCGAAGCCUUCGAGAAUGCCCAGUAUGGCCAAGCGCAACGGCGAGCGCCCUGCAAGACUUGGUGCUAUGAGGCAGGACAGUGAUAAUGGCAAGAGAAGUGUUUCUCGUAAUCGUAAGGGCGAGCCCGAACAACAACAAGGCGCCGCCGCCCAAUUCUUGUCCUCUUUGGACAAUAUUACCAAGUCCCUGUCGGAUCCUCGCACCAAUCCAUACUUUGUAUUCUGUCUGAAGCCCAACGAUCGUAGAAUCGCCAACCAAUUCGACAGCAAAUGCGUUCGCACUCAAAUGCAGACUCUUGGUGUUGCCGAGAUCAGUCAGCGCCUGCGCAAUGCUGAUUUCAGCGUCUUCAUGCCUUUCAGCGAGUUCUUGGGAGUUGCCGAGGGUGACGUCUCCGUCGUAGGAACUGACAAGGAGAAGGCAGAGAUGAUUCUGGAUGAGAAGAUCUGGCCUGGCAACGAAGCAAGAGUUGGCAGCACCGGAGUCUUCCUCAGUGAGCGCUGCUGGCGUCAGAUCGCACGAGUCAGCGAUCUUGACGUAGCUCCCGCAGGCAUGCACGACCAGACGCCUUACGGAGAGCAGGAGGGUAUGCUGUCUCCCGAACAUGCACGCAACGGUCGCAAUGAUUCAAACCUAAAUCUUCUUGGAGGUGUCACUCCUUCUCCCGGCGCUUUCUACCACGAUGACAAGGUCGCGGGCUACUUUGGAAGCCGCGACCUCGACGCAAAAUCAGAAGCAGGUCAUUCGGCGUUCCACGGAGGCGAUAUGUUCCAAAAUCUUGAGACCGUCUCGCAGCUCGCUGAGAAAGGUAACGAAGCCAAGGUGGCAGCGAUUGAUGAGGUGCCCACCACAGGUGAACGUAAGCGUUGGUUGUUCCUUGUCUACUUCUUUACCUGGUGGAUUCCCGACGUCUUUGUUCGCAUCAUCGGCCGUAUGCCUCGUCCCGACAUCCGCAUGGCCUGGAGAGAAAAGGUGGCCAUCAACUUUAUGAUCUGGCUCGCUUGUGGCAGUUUCUUGUUCCUCAUGAUUGGUUUCCCUGCACUCAUUUGUCCGACGCAACACGUUUACUCGGCUGCUGAGUUGCAGUCGCACAACGGAAAGGAUGGUGCUUCUUCUUACAUUGCAAUUCGUGGUGUCGUUUUCAAUCUCGGAAACUUCGAGUCCAUCCAUUACCCUAACAUCGUCCCGACGACCGCUCUCGAUAAGUAUGCUGGUACUGAUGCGACCGCCCUUUUCCCUGUUCAAGUGUCCGCUCUCUGCCAAGGCAAGGACGAGGACGGCAUUGACCCUGCUGUUCAACUCAACUACAAGAACACUAACUACACUGGACAAGCUUCAGCUGUCAGUGGCUCUGAUGCUCAUGCUGUCUACCACGACUUCCGCUGGGCCACAAACGACUCUCGUCCAGACUGGUUCUCACAGCAAAUGAACUUCUUGAACCAGAACUACAGAAAGGGUGCUAUGGGUUACACCUCCCAUUAUGUCAAGUCCCAGGGCAAGAAGCAGCAGUCAAUUGCUAUCCUCAACGGAAAGAUCUAUGACUUCACUGACUACAUUGUCGGUGGUCGUGUGCCUCAGUAUCCUCCUGGUACCGAUGCGCCUGAAUCUCUGCCUGACUCCAACUUCAUGGAUCAGCGUGUUGUCAGUCUCUGGCAGCAACAUGCUGGUAGCGAUGUGACCGAGCGAUGGAACAAGCUUGGCAUGACUGUCGAUCUGAAGAACCGCAUGCAAGUCUGUCUCGAUAACCUCUUCUACGUGGCCGACGUCGACACCAGAAACUCGACCAAGUGUCAAUUCGCAACCUACCUCUUGCUCGGAAUCUCGAUGUUCUUGAUUGCGGUCAUCGGUGUUAAGUUCCUUGCUGCUCUGCAAUUCGGUGGUAAGAACGUUCCCGAGAACCUCGACAAGUUCAUUAUCUGCACUGUACCAGCCUACACUGAAGAUGAAGACUCCUUGCGUCGUGCCAUCGAUUCAGCCGCCAGAAUGAAGUACGACGACAAGCGUAAACUCUUGCUCAUUGUCUGCGAUGGUAUGAUUAUUGGUCAAGGCAACGACCGUCCUACUCCUCGCAUCGUUCUUGACAUUCUUGGUGUUCCUGAGACUGUCGACCCUGAGCCUUUGAGUUUCGAGAGUUUGGGCGAAGGUCAGAAGCAGCACAACAUGGGCAAAAUCUACUCUGGUCUUUACGAAGUCCAAGGUCACAUUGUUCCUUUCAUGGUCAUUGUCAAAAUUGGCAGACCUGCUGAGGUCGGAAGACCUGGUAAUCGUGGUAAGCGUGAUUCCCAAAUGGUUUUGAUGAGAUUCUUGAACAGAAUCCAUUACAACCUGCCAAUGGCUCCCAUGGAACUCGAGAUGUAUCAUCACAUCCGCAACAUCAUCGGUGUCAACCCAACCUUUUACGAGUUCUUGCUGCAAAUUGAUGCCGAUACUGUCGUUGCUCCGGAUUCAGCCACUCGUUUCGUCGCUUCUUUCCUCCACGAUACACGUCUCAUUGGUGUUUGUGGUGAGACGGCUCUUACCAAUGCCAAAUCCUCCAUCGUCACCAUGAUGCAAGUUUACGAGUACUACAUUUCGCACAACCUGAUCAAGGCUUUCGAAUCGCUCUUUGGCUCGGUUACUUGUUUGCCUGGUUGUUUCUCCAUGUACCGCAUUCGUGACUCGGCUUCCGGCAAGCCUCUCUUCGUUUCUAAGGAAGUCGUUGAGAUGUACGCUGAAAUCCGUGUCGACACACUCCACACCAAAAACUUGCUGCAUCUGGGAGAAGACAGAUACCUGACGACUCUACUAAUGAAGUGGCAUCCUUCUUACAAGACCAAGUUCAUUAUGCGCGCUCAUGCCUGGACCAUUGCACCUGAUAGCUGGACUGUCUUCAUGUCUCAACGUCGUCGCUGGAUCAACUCUACCGUUCACAACCUUGUCGAGCUCACAUCUCUGUCUCAGCUUUGCGGUUUCUGCUGUUUCAGUAUGCGCUUCGUUGUCUUCCUUGACUUGCUCUCGACCAUCAUUCAGCCUGUUUUGGUCGGAUACCUGGUUUACAUCUUUGUUCGCAUUGGACAAGAUCCCGGUGGUGUCUCGACAAUCGCUAUUAUCAUGCUGGUCGCCGUUUACGGUAUGCAAGCAUUGGUCUUCAUCAUUCGUCGUAAGUGGGAAAUGGUUGGUUGGAUGAUCAUCUACCUCAUUGCCACUCCGGUCUUCUCCAUGGCCCUUCCUCUUUACUCUUUCUGGCACAUGGACGACUUCUCAUGGGGUAACACUCGUGUCGUCACUGGAGAAAAGGGCAAGCAACUUGUUGUUUCUGACGAGGGCAAAUUUGACCCAGCCAGUAUCCCAAAGAAGAAGUGGGAAGAAUACCAGGCCGAGCUUUGGGAAGCGCAGACUUCGCGUGAUGACGACGCCCGUUCUGCAAUCUCCGGCGUUACCGGCGUUUCGUACGCAACCAAGUCAGCUUACCCUGGUAUGGGUGGCUCUGUCUAUGAUUACCCACCUUCGCGCCCCAUGUCCACGUUGGGUGUGCCUCAAGGACCAUUCGCCAACCCUUCGCGCCUCAGUCUUGCACCAAGCGAGAUGGGUAUGGGUGGUGGCUACAGCCCUAACUCAGUGGAGAUGACCGACAUGCCUCUUCCCAGUGACGACGCCAUCCUUGCCGAGAUUCGUGACAUCUUGAGCACAGCCGACCUUAUGAGUAUCACGAAGAAGAGCGUCAAGCUCGAAUUGGAGAGACGUUUCGGCGUACCGCUGGAUGCUAAGAGGGUGUACAUUGGCUCCGCUACGGAGGCGAUUCUUAGUGGACAGCUUUAGGAGGAAGAAAUGUGGUGGUAGCAUUUGCAUCUGACGGCGUUGAGCAUUCUUGCAUUUUUUGGGUUCAUUCAUUGUAACGGGCCAUCUUUUAUUUAGCUUGGGUAUGUGGGCGCUUUUGCAUAUAAAAUGUUUGAUUGUCUUCUUCUUUACCAAGUCAGAAAUAUGAUAUGUAUGAAGGUAAUUGGCCCUCACUAUAACUCUUCCGGCAUAUUGAAUCCUGCAG